GCACGCUCUUCAUCCAUUUCUUCUUCUGCCACCACCACAUCUCUCUGUGUCCCAAUCUCCAAAGCUUUUUUCCUAAAGCUUCUCACUCUAGCUUCGCCGUUCUCGAUUCGCUGCAUUUCCCCUCGUCUUCAUUUUGAAUUUUGUUGCGCAGUCGUGUCUCUUCCCUCCUCUUCAUCUUCGCGAUCGAUGAACCAUGACCCGGACGGCGAAAUCUUAAUCGGCUUUGUUGCCGUACACUUUCCGGCGAUUACAACGUAGAUUCGAUCUAUUCCUCUGAUUUCUUCGUGUUUUUUUCACGGUGAAUCGUGGGUUCAAUAACCUCUCCGAGCAGUUUUAGGGCAUCAUUUUCCCGCCGGAGAUUCAAGUUUCUGUGGAUUUCAGCUUUGUGGGUUUGUGUCGAACUGUGUUUACCCAUUUCGUUCAGGUCUAAUUUAGGGUAAAGUUCUUGGAUUUGGGUUGAUCUUGUUUUGCAUUGAGACGCUCGAGUUGUUGUUCAUUGGAUGGUACUGUAAUAGAGUGAGAGAAAUGGUGUCUGGGAAUGAUCCUAUUGAAACUAUCUUUAAUUCAAUACAAGUCGUGAAGGAUGCUCUUUUGCCGAUCGAAUUAGGGAUAAAAAAGGCUGCGAAAGAUAUUGAAAGCUCUUGGGUAAUGAGCAAAAACGAAGAAAAUGGUGUUGGAUUGGUUAUGGAAUCGCCUAACGGUUGUAGAAAUAGAAAGGUACGGAGUAAUAAUAUGAAGAAGCGAAACUGUGGUAGCGUUGGCUCUGGAGAUGAUAAUAUUCAGUGUUUGGUAAGUGAAGAGAGAAAGAAGGGUUUAUCCAUUAAGAUUCCUGUGAAGAUGUUUUUGGGGAUGUUUUCUCCGAAUAUGGUGAACGGGAACGGUAAGAAUGAUGUGGUGAAGAAGGGGAUGAAAGAGAAGCGUUUGGAGAAAGAUGAUGGUGGUUCUUGUACUAAUUGUUUCAAGUUUGCAAUGACAUGGUCUUUGUUGGUAAGUGGUUUUGUCCAGGCUUUUCCCAUCCCGUUUAAAACCAGUAAGAAAAGGAUUCAGAAAGUGGAGGAUGACAGGAACAAUCUUUUGCAUUGGCGUAAAAAUGGGUUUAAGCCUAAGCUUUCAUUUGAAAUCAGGAAGGAAACAAGUGGUCAAUCCACUAUGUCGAGUAAGAGUGAGGGAGGACGACAAGAAGGGAAACACCUUUCUCUUGAAUGCCUACUAGCUUUUGCUUUUGACAUGUUGACUCAGAAUCUUCAGAAGCUGGACCCGUUCAUGCAGGACAGUGUCCAGACUGAUUCUUGUUGUCCUGAUAAAGGUCCAGCCUUCUCUCAAGUUGAUCAUCCACAAACGUUUAACAUUUGGGAAGCUAGAAAACUUGCUUUAAAUGGAUUCAUUGGAAACUUGAUGUUUGCGAGAGUUGGAGAUGUGGCAUCCAGUAUAGUUGGACUGACAUCCCCUGUCAAUGAAGAGGGUGAUGACGGUAAUGUCAGUACUGGUGGUAAGGAGGAAAAUGCAGAUAAUUCUCCCCAGAAGUUGGCAAGUGGAAUACUGAGUAUACCUUUGUCAAAUGUGGAGCGCUUGAAAUCCACUUUGUCCACUGUUUCAUUGACUGAACUAAUCGAGCUUUUGCCACAAUUGGGACGGCCUUCAGCAGAUCAUCCUGACAAGAAGAAACUGAUUUCUGUACAAGAUUUCUUCAGAUACACUGAAGCUGAAGGCAGGAGAUUCUUUGAAGAAUUAGAUAGAGAUGGAGAUGGUCAGGUGACUCUGGAAGAUCUGGAAAUUGCUAUGAGAAGAAGAAAAUUACCUAGAAGAUAUGCCAAGGAAUUUAUGAGUCGAGCUCGGAGUCAUCUAUUCUCAAAAUCAUUCGGUUGGAAGCAAUUUUUAUCAUUGAUGGAACAAAAGGAGCCGACCAUCCUCCGUGCCUACACAUCUCUCUGUUUGAGCAAGUCUGGGACUCUUCAGAAGAGUGAGAUAUUGGCAUCUCUUGAUAAUGCGGGACUUCCUGCUAAUGAGGAAAACGCUAUAGCUAUGAUGAGAUUUCUCAAUGCUGAUACAGAAGGGUCUAUCUCAUAUGGACAUUUCCGUAAUUUCAUGGUUUUGCUCCCGUAUGAACGGCUACUAGAUGAUCCUAGGAACAUCUGGUUUGAAGCUGCAACUGUUGUUGCCGUCGCACCUCCUGUGGAGAUUCCGCUAAAAUCCGCAUUGGCAGGAGGGCUGGCCUCUGCUCUGUCCACUUCCUUAAUGCAUCCAAUCGACACAAUCAAGACACGUGUACAAGCUUCGACCUUAUCAUUUACGGAAGUGAUCUCUCAGCUUCCGCAAAUUGGGGUUCAGGGAGUAUACCGUGGUUCAAUUCCCGCAAUUCUUGGACAAUUUUCGAGCCAUGGCCUUCGGACUGGAAUAUUUGAAGCUACUAAACUGGUGUUGAUAAAUUUUGCUCCUACUCUUCCAGAAAUCCAGGUUCAAUCUGUGGCAUCAUUCUGCAGCACAUUUCUGGGGACGGCAGUGCGAAUCCCGUGCGAGGUACUUAAGCAACGGUUGCAGGCUGGUAUCUUCGAUAAUGUCGGGGAAGCUAUUGUAGGCACAUGGAGGCAAGAUGGUCCGAAGGGGUUUUUCCGUGGGACUGGCGCCACUCUUUGCCGUGAAGUUCCACUCUACGUUGUUGGUAUGGGACUCUAUGCUGAGUCCAAGAAGAUGGCGGCGAAGCUAUUGGGAAGAGAACUUGAGCCAUGGGAAACGAUAGCGGUCGGGGCAUUGUCGGGAGGUGUAGCAGCUGUAGUGACAACGCCUUUCGACGUGAUGAAAACGAGAAUGAUGACGGCUGCACCUGGACGGCCCGUUUCAAUGUCAGUGGUCGCAAUCUCCAUCCUUCGUCACGAGGGACCGCUCGGUUUGUUCAAAGGAGCAAUCCCUAGGUUCUUCUGGGUGGCUCCACUCGGCGCCAUGAACUUUGCUGGUUAUGAACUCGCCAAGAAAGCCAUGGACAAGAACGAUGACCUCAUCCCCUCAGAUCAGAAGAAGCUUUGCUGAUUUAGCUGCGGAAAUGGUUUCUUUCUUGUCUUUUUUUUUUUUUCUGCUGGGGAUGUUUUUGGGGCAGCUUCUCAGGUUGUCUUUUUUUUUUUUGGCAUUGUUAGUACUCCUUUGAAAUUUUGAAAGUGGUUUCUUUUCAUCUGUUGACGGUACAUAUCUCAGUCCCCGUAGUUCAGGUACUGUACUUUCUCUGUAUCCCCCCUUUUUUUUCUGUUAGUGAAAUUGUUUGCUGUGGUUUCAUUCGAAACUAAAAGGAAA